CAGCCUUUUGGACGGAGUGGUUCUUUUAGAUGACACGGAGAUGAUAAUGUUACUCUGAGAAAAAAGUGUCAUUAGAUGUAUUUAGGUAAAAUAAACAUUCGUUCACUUUGCACAUAAAUCGUAAUACGCUCGACUCCAAGUCGGUGCAUGACGCCACAAGUUAAUUAUAGGGUUUAGGUUUCUACUGGAUUUCAAGGGAAGGAGGGAUUGAAGAAGAGCCCGCCCUCACGGGACUUGGGCUCUGCUUGCCCUGCACUGUGAGAGAAGCUGCACACGUAAAUGAAACACGGAAUAGCCAGCUUUAGUGCCCUGCGGAACUGAGGGGGACGGCAGUGGAGAGAAGCCGUGAUCAUGAUUUAACCGAUCGAUUCCCGCAGUUUAUCGGUGAUUUAUCGAUGGUUUCUAUAUUAAAUCGGUGGUAAGUCUUCAGUGGCGUUUGCCACUCUGUCGUAGACGCAUUGAAGCUGAAAGCCAGCUGGAGACAGUGAAGUCAAACGAAUCUUGCGAUGCCAACCGCGGAGGCAGAGCCUGGCAUGAGCGGAGACACUGCGUUUGCAGCCCCGGCCUUACCAAGCCAGCCCCCAGGUGAACGCGCAUUGAGUGUGCUAUGGUCGUUUGGAAAAUGCCUCGGUGCUCUUCUACCGGUGUACCUUGCCGGAUAUUAUGGCUUCAGCAUCAGUGUUGUCCUUUUCGGUCUGAUGAUCUACAUGGGAUGGAAACACAGUCGACUGGAGAAAGUGAUGAAGCUCAAGUCUGCCAUGUACCUUCUGGAGAACGAGAAGACAUUCACCACCGAGAAGGCUUUCAGAGCCAAAAGGGAUUUACCUCCCUGGGUGAACUUUCCCGAUGUUGAAAAAGUGGAGUGGCUGAAUAAGAUCCUGCAGCAGGCUUGGCCCUUUGUAGGCCAGUAUCUGGAGAAGUUGCUGGUGGAAAGCAUUGCUCCUGCCAUCCGGGCCUCCAGCAUUCAUCUGCAGACUCUCAGCUUCACCAAGGUCAACAUAGGAGACAAGGCUUUGAAGGUGGUUGGUGUAAAGGCUCACACAGAACACGAUAAGAGACAAGUUAUGUUGGAUUUGUACCUGAGCUACGCCGGUGAUGUGGAAAUUAAUGUAGAAAUCAAGAAGUACUUUUGCAAAGCCGGAGUGAAAGGAGUCCAGCUCCAUGGGAAGCUGCGUGUGAUCCUCGAGCCUCUGAUCGGAGACAUGCCGCUGGUUGGAGCCAUCACAAUGUUCUUCAUCCGCAAGCCUAAACUGGACAUCAACUGGACCGGGCUUACCAACCUGUUAGAUAUCCCUGGGCUGAAUGCCAUAUCGGACACUAUGAUAAUGGAUGCAAUUGCCUCUCACCUGGUGCUCCCCAACCGUCUAACUAUUCCCCUGGUGGCCGACCUGCACGUUGCGCAGCUCCGCUCCCCUCUCCCACGGGGAGUCGUGCGUAUCCACCUGCUGGAGGCUGAGGACCUGACCGCCAAGGAUACAAUCAUCAAGGGCUUAAUCGACGGGAAGUCGGACCCGUAUGCCGUUCUGCGUGUAGGAACCCAGAUCUUCACCUCUCAUCACGUGGACAGCAACCUGAACCCACAGUGGAGGGAGAUGUAUGAGGUGAUUGUCCAUGAAGUACCUGGUCAGGAGUUGGAAGUGGAAGUUUUUGACAAAGACCCAGACCAGGAUGACUUCCUGGGGAGGGUCAAGGUGGAUCUUGAUAUUGUAAAGAAGGCCAGAGUUGUGGAUGAUUGGUUCAAUCUGAGGGAUGUCCCGUCCGGCAGCGUUCACCUCCGGCUGGAGUGGCUCUCUCUGCUGUCCUCUGCUGACAGACUGAGUGAGGUCAUCCAGAAGAACCAGAACUUGACCAGUAAGACGGCUGAUCCUCCAUCUGCCGCCAUUCUAGCCAUUUAUCUUGAUCAAGCUCACGCACUGCCCAUGAGAAAAGGAAAUAAGGACCCGAGCCCAAUGGUGCAGAUUUCCAUUCAGGAUGCAACAAAAGAGAGCAAGACUUGCUACGGGACCAACAGCCCUAUGUGGGAGGAUGCCUUUACCUUCUUUAUUCAGGAUCCUCGCAAACAAGACAUUGACAUUCAAGUGAAAGAUGAUGACCGUGCUCUGACCCUGGGCAGUCUGACCAUCCCUCUGGCCCGUAUUCUGGCGACCUCUGAACUCACCAUGGACCAAUGGUUUCAGCUGGAGAAUUCUGGUUCUGCCAGCCGCAUCUACAUCAAAAUCGUGCUCAGGGUUUUGUGGCUAAGUGAUGAUGCCACACCUACAACUCCAUCUCCUCGGCCUUUGGCUCCUGGACCCGGGAUAGGUCAAGGCGGAAUCUCAUCAGAACUAAACCCUAUGGGACCCGGUGGGUUAGGUAAACCUCAACCAAUACGACCACAGCAAACCACACCCGACCCAGAGUUUGCAACUGAGGGAGUGCUGCGUAUCCAUCUGGUGGAGGCCCAAAAUCUGAUAGCGAAGGACAACUUCAUGGGGGGCAUGGUGAAAGGAAAGAGCGACCCCUACGUCAAGAUCCGUGUGGCUGGAAUCACCUUCCGCAGCCACACCAUCAAAGAAAACCUCAAUCCCAUCUGGAAUGAACUCUAUGAGGUGAUCUUGACUCAGCUUCCUGGUCAGGAGAUCCAGUUUGAGUUGUUUGACAAGGACAUCGAUCAGGAUGACUUCCUCGGAAGGUUCAAGCUUAACCUACGAGAUAUCAUCAGCUCACAAUUUAUCGAUACGUGGUACACACUAAAUGAUGUGAAGUCAGGCAGAGUUCACCUGAUGCUGGAGUGGCUGCCCAGAGUCUCUGACCUUCCCAGACUGGAGCAGAUCUUGCAGUACCAGUCACAGCAGUCUUACCACAACAAGGUUGUGCCAUCAACAGCUGUGCUGUUUGUGUAUGUGGAACGUGCCCAUGGCCUGCCGUUGAAGAAGAAUGGGAAGGAGCCGAAAGUCGGGGCUGAGAUUAUCCUCAAAAGCAUUUCACACAAAACCAAGAUUUGUGAGCGUUCCACAUCCCCUCGAUGGGACGAAGCCUUUCAUUUUCUGGUUCGCGACCCCGGAGAUGAAACACUCACAGUGAAGCUCUCCCACAGCUGGGGCCAGGCCCUUGGGACCGUCACGCUUCCUCUCAGAGAGGUGCUGUUUGAGCCGGGCUUGGUGCUCGACCGCUGGAUCAAUCUGGAUGGAGCACUGCCAGAAAGCCAGAUACUGCUGAGGGCCACGCUCAAGGUCUUGGACACUCAGCUAGCGGUGUGUCGUAGGGCUCCAGGGGAGGCAGGAAAUGAUGGCGGAGAAGAAGUCAUUCCCAGAUGGGUUCCUUCUCAUCUCGACCUCAGACGGAGAAGUGGAUACACCAUGGCUGAGAACGCAAACUCAGCAGGCCAGGUGAAGCUCUCCGUCAGCUACUCCAUUGAGGAGAGCAGGCUUUUCAUCACCGUUCACGCCUGCAGAGCCCUGGCAGCCUGCUCCAAGGACGGUGCAGACCCUUAUGUUUCCUUCAUCCUGCUGCCUGACAAGAAGGCUACCACCAAGAGGAGGACUGUCACCAAGAAGAGAGACCUCAACCCAGAAUUCAGUGAGAGGUUUGACUUUGACUUCUCUCUCGAGGAGUCCACACAGAGAAGACUGGACCUGUCUGUGAAGAACAGCGUCUCCUUCAUGAGCAGAGAGAGGGAGCUUAUCGGCAAGUUGCAGCUGGACCUGGACCAAAUUGACCUGAAGACUGGUGUCACACAAUGGUACGAUUUGGUUGCAGAGGCCAACUAGAGGAAUCGCGGUUGGUCUUAAGUACUAUAUAAUGUUAAGUGUUGCUUCUGUGAUCUGUGAUUUGUGUGUUUGUAUAUUCAGCUUAAAUGAACAUUUCCACCAUACCUGAAGAAAAAAACGACGACAUAUCUGCUCCACAAAAACAGUCCAUCAGUAUUUGUGAAACUUUACAUGUAGCUUAUCAUCCGUAAAGUGUUAACUGUGGUGAAAUAUUGCUGUCUUGGACAGAUUCUUCAGUAGAAUAUUUUGGCUGAAUAGAUAUUUGAUAAUAAUGCAACUAUGUUGCACAACCUACCGAGUUUAUAGGUGUUCAAAAGCAUGUUUAAGUCCUCUUUGAAUUUUAUUCAGAAAAAGGGCUUAUGCUGUGGUCGAUAUCUUAAGGUAUGAUAUGUUUUAUGGAUUUACAGCAUCCAAGACAACUGAGAGAAAUUGCUUAGAAUUUUAUUUUUUACAAUUUUCAAAUAAUUCCCGAGAUUACUUUGUUUAUAUACGUUUAUAUGAUUGCCUUAAGUAUUACACAAUUGUGCAUAUUUUGUCAGUGUUUAUGAAUUAUGUUCCAAAAGAAGUUUUAUAUGUUUUAACCAGAGCUCUAUUAAAGUUGCUUUUAUAAAUCAAAGUAUUACAAACCUAGACCCUCACAUUUACCACUGAAAACAGAGGUAUGAUACUGUAAGCAGAGUCUAAAUCACUGUGCUUUUAUGAAGAGAAAACUUUGUAGAUACUGAAAACACAUUGCUGGUGUUCUUACACCCAUGCUUCUUUGUGUUUGAACGUGUUUGUGGCGCUAAAGGCAACAGGCCGAAGCUGUCGGCCAUAUUUAGACUUAAUUUUUCAAGCAAAACAGUUUAUGACCUUAUGAGAAGCAAGCUAAUAUUGUACGCCAGCAGUGGGACAGCUUCUAUGUACCAACACUGUCACCUCACCACGCAGGGCUGGGCACUGAUUUGUGGUGAAGGAAAGAAAGUAAAGUGUCAGAACUGAAGAAGAAAACCGCUGAGCUUUGACAUUAUUUGAACAUAUCAUCAUGUAUCUGCUGGAGUUGUUGAUUAAAGUUUGCACUCUCAUGAACCAAA